CGAGGCGCGCAGGGGGACGGCGGAGCGGGCGGACCGGCGCCAUGGCGUCGCCCCCGCUGGCGGCCGGGAGCGGCGGUGAGGGGAGCUCGGGGUCGCCGGGGCCGGAUCCGUCCGAGCGGCAGCUGUCCGAGCUGUUCGAGCAGGCGGCAGAACGGCUGCCCGCACUGCUGCACGGCGCCAGCAAGGAGCAGCUGCUCUACCUGUACGCCCGAUACAAGCAGGUGAAAUUUGGGACCUGUAACACUCCAAAGCCAAGCUUCUUCGAUUUUGAGGGGAAGCAGAAAUGGGAAGCUUGGAAAGCCCUGGGAGACACCACUCCCCAUCAAGCUAUGCAGGAGUACGUUGCUACAGUGAAAAAACUGGACCCCAGCUGGAACCCACAGACGACAGAGAAGAGGGGGAAAGAAAGCAAGACUGCGUUUGGAGGCCCGGUUGUCAGCUCGUUGUAUCAAGAAGAAACAAUCAGAGAAGAGGACAAGAACAUUUUUGAUUACUGCAGAGAAAACAACAUUGACUAUGUAACCAAAGCCAUUCAGUCGAAAAAAGUGGACGUGAAUGUCGCAGAUGAGGAGGGCAGGGCUCUGCUCCACUGGGCAUGUGACAGAGGACACAAGGAGCUCGUUUCAGUACUGUUGCAGCACGCUGCCGACGUUAACAGCCAGGCUUUGUUCUCCUGCCCAGUCUGGACAGAGAUGCGUUCCUUUUGACAACUUUGCUAGCUCUUAGCAGCGAGAUGGCUUCAGCAGCCUUGCAAAAGGUGCUGUGAGAAUCUGUACAAAGUGGACCUGCACCACACUAGUGGCAUGGCGUGCCCUGUAGUCAGCCCAGGGCGAGCCUUCCAGCCAGCUAGCAAGCAGUGUGUCAGAUGCAUCUGGGGAGAGCUUCCCUUUGAAAUGAGUGGAGGUGGGUUCCACCAGCUGCCCGUCCCCUUUCCCCUGACAGCCUGGGAGGUGGUUCCAUUUGGAACACUAUACUGCGACAGCAUGCAGAGAAUUCACUUCUUGGAUAUCCAUCUCAUUUCUUUGGAGGUAAAGUGUGACUCCUAGAAGGGAAGGCUGAAGGGAGAAUCGUCUUCCUUUUCUCCAAACUUCCAUUUUCUGUUCCAUUCUUUCCGUUCUUUUUUCUUGACAUAUUGCACAUUUUCUAACCCGUUUAUUUUUGGCCAGUAACAAAAGGUUAAUAAUAGCCAUAAAAAAAGAAAAUCAAUCUUUGACUUUUUUUUUUAUCCCACCAAGGUAAUAAAGGAGAAUCUUUAUAAAGGUCCUGCUUUGCACGUAGGUGUGUUCCCAGGGAAGGCAGGCGCGUUUUUAUUCCCAGCCAUAUAUAAGUUGCAAUAACGUUUUGAGACUACAUGACCUCAUGUUUAUUUCUUCUUUAUUUUGACCUUUACCCUCUGGGAAUUCACAUCCAGUGAAGGAGCAGAAAGAGUUUUUGAAGAGUAACCUAAAGAAAAAAGGGAUGAAGGAAAAACUGUGGCUUCCUAAGCGGUCAUAAACACUGCGGUGUCUGCUAUUAUGCAUUACCAAAUUCACUGCCAGUUAAUGUGCGGGCUAUAAAGAACCAUGAGUUAGGUGUAAGGGGAUCUCUGGUGACUUGAAGCAGAGGUGCCGUUAUUCCAACCUGCACGUGUGCCUUGCUCACUCUUUACUGCCUUAGUUCACCCCUAGUGAUGCUUGUCUUGUGAAAGCACUUGUGGCCUCUGGAUCUGGAUCUAUUACUCUUUGCUGUUAAAACUUGGAGCAGGAGGAGAGCUUGCCUGGCUCCACUCAUUCUCGUAGCACACUCCAAACAGCUCCGAUUCUGGGAAGAACCACGCUCUCCUGGACUGCAGUGAUGGAGUGCAAGUGCUUUUUGUUUUAAAUGGUGGUACUGCAGCUUCAGAAGGGUGGUUCAUUAAUGUCACCGAAAAGCUGCAGCCAUUGAGUUCUCUGAUUGUUCAUAAUUAGCUCUAAUAGCACAUUUGACAAGCGGUAACCGAUUGCCAUGGGCAAAGAGAUGCAGAAAGGCAACAGGCUUCUCUUCUCUUGAAAAGGGGCGUUUAUGCAACUGAAUUACCUAAAUCUACAGAGCCAGAGGCCAUUUCCAAGUGGGUGGUGGUAUGGUGUGUUGGAGCCCUGCUGGAAAUACCCAGAGCUUGGGAUCAGGCUGAUAACAGCCUCCUGCUGCUGCAGCUUUGCUUGCUUAAAAUGUAGGCUUUUAGUUGCGUGAUGAAGGGAAGGGGAGCAUAUUCAUAACGCAGCAGUUACGAAGCAGCUCAGGCAGCAUGAUUGUAAUAUCAAUUUCUAGCUUUAAAAUAUAUGAAGACAUGAAUAAGUUUUCCUUGCAGAAGGUCAAGCGACAAAGGAAAACCUUUUUUCCCUGUCGAAGUGUCAGUUGUGACAGUUUUUCCUGCAGUGUUUGCCCUGGCCUUGGGAAGGAGGAUUUGGAGAUGGGGGCAUUAGAUGCUGGAUGUGCAGAAUUGUAGCCCAGCUUUGUGCUGCCCUGCAACUGUGCAUCCUUUGUGUACCCUGUGCUGUUUUAAGAAGGAUGAAGGGCAUCAUAGUCUAAUCAUUGUCCAUUGUGAAAAAGAAUGGCAAGUAGUAUCUUGUAACACCAAAGCAAUAAACUUGAGACUUGCCCCA